GCGCAACGCGACGCGUUCGACGCACGUUCCGUCGCACGUUUCGAUACUUCGAUCGCAACGUGAAUUCAUAGUCACACGAUAAAGACUUCGGUUCCAGCGCAUUCACGGUGGGACUCACGGCGACCUGAUCGCGAUAAAUAACGCGAGUCCGCGCCAGAACCGCCAUGAAUCAGGCACGCCCCCAUUCGGUCUCGAUAAUCCGCCGUGGUUUCCGCUCGUCGGAGUUCUCAAUCACGUCCAGCUACUUUCGCCCGCCUCGUCACGUUUUUCUUUCCCUCCGGAAUUCGGAGGAGUGCUGUAAAUCAAACCGUUAAUAACAACGAGCACGAAUAACGACUCGUUUCCUAAGUCGCACGAGUGAGGAUUAGUCGCGAAGAACUCGCGCAACUCGCGACGCAUUCGUUACGUCGACUGUUUCUCGUCCGAUUAAUCAACUAACUCGGAAGGGAAGUAGAAACGGAAGAGAAGGAAGAAGCAUGUUCGGCUUCUCCGCGUUAAGUUGCCGACUCGCGCUCUGCGUUAUCUUGGUGUCGUCGUACGGAUGCGCCGUUGCUCUUGAGAAGCACUGGCUGCCAGAUCUGGAGUGGCAAACCGCCGGCAACUGGGAAGACGGUCGUGUUCCAGAAACCGACAGCCGUGUGACUUUUCCCGAGCAGACCCGCCACGCGGUGGGUAUCGCUGGACCCGGCGAUCUCAGGUUGUCCGCGCUCGAUCUGCCCAGACAAGGAUCCUUGGUCUUGCCGAGAAACAAUAAACUGCAGUUGAGCAAUGCGAAGGCAGACGCGAAAGUCAGCAGAUGGUCGAGGGCGGGUAAUUUUUUCUGGACCGAUCCUGCAAAUUGGAACGGUAGCUCAAUGGCGGCGCCACAUCUCGAGCAAGUGCCUUGUCGUUAUGAUAGCGUCGUCCUGCCAAGCGCAAAUCGCACCUUGAGUAUCCUACUACCCAUAAGGGAGACACAGGUAAAGUCGAUUCGGCUAGCGAACGAGGGGCAGCCGUUUACCAGCUGGGAGUGGAGGACUUUUCAAGAUCGCAGGGAGUUCUCCAGAGGCAGAUUUACAGUGAAAUAUACCGAGUACAGUUGUCCGAAAUGUUCCUGCCAGGAAAUUUUAUUUCAAGAUGAUUACCUCGAAGAGAUCUGCGCCAUUCAGAGACCGAGAUGCGGAUUCACAGACUGCGAAUAUCCUCUCACGGUGGAAGGUCACUGCUGUCCGUACUGCGGUGGGCGCGUCUCUAUGUCGAAGAAGACCAUCUCCCUAGCAAUCGUGCAGACCACAGCGGACGAAGCUCUGGAAAGAUACGCGGCGCAGAUCGCCUGGCACGUCCGACGCACCUGGAGCAAAGGUGUCGAGGUCCUCGUGAAGGCUAAGGGUGACUAUUCCGCCAUCGCGAUCCAGGAAGCGGUGGAGAACCUGCAGGACUUGCUGCAAAGCACAGGAAUCGACGUGACGAGCGCGGAGACGGCAGGCGCAGCCGUGAAGGAUUCUCGAUUGGCAGUCGCGCUCGGGCCACUUCUCGGGACACCGCUCGUCGUCAUUGUUCUUCUUCUACUGGGCUUCCUGUACUUCGGUUAUUCCUUGGGGCACAUUCUCUCGGGAUGCAUGGAAGCAGUGUCAUCCGUUCGAGAUGGAAUUCGUGCGGAGAAGCAGAAACACGGUUUCGCUCGUUUUGAAAACAUCCCAGAAGGCAACGUCCAAAUUGCUGACGUUGCCGGAACGAGCGGACAGCAGACUGAUGACGCGGAAAGAAUAACGCAACCAACUGGUGGUGGCAGAUUCGAGAAUCCCUUAUACAGAUCCAAGCGGGAUAAGCCCGAGGGACGUGAGAUGCUCGAUACUCCUCUCAGUCUUACUGCUCUUAAAGGCAAAGUGGAAGAACAGCUGGAGAACGUGGAAAUGGAUAGCGAAGAGUAAAAGUACACCGUACAUCGUCAAUUUAAUUUUUUUAUUUUAUAAAUAUAAUAAUAUUAUCAAAUAUAAUUAAUUCUGUAAUAGAGAGAGAGAGAGAGAGAGAGAAAGAGUGAAAAAAUAUGUAUGCGAAAGACGAUCGGGAAUCAUAUUGUCCUGCAAAAGUCAAGUGUAAUUAAGCUUAUUGAAACAAAGUAGAUUUAAAAUUUUAUAACACUAAAGAAGAGAAUAAAUUUUUUCUGUUAAAGAAUGCAUGGCAAAAGGAACAUUUUUAGUGAUGUUAGAAUAUUCUGCAGAUCAUAAAAUCUUAAAAUAAAAACGAUCAAGCGUAGAAAAAAAUGAUGUAAUACACACACAUUCGUCAAUAACAACCCAAAUAGCAUCAAAAAUUAUAAUGGUGCCAAAAUGACGAGAAAAUGUCUGAAAAUUUAAUUUUUGAUAAUGAUUCGAUUAUUUUGUCGUUAUUUUGACGUCAUUUCAACAUUAUCGCAAUUUUUGUCUCAACUUGCCGUUAAAAUAUUCGCACAUAUGUAAUAAAUAUACACAAAUAAACGAUUAAUAAAUAAUUCGCACACAAAUUGUUGUAAUCGUGAAUACAAGACCCAAAU